UCUCACGGGACCCGGACCAGGGCCAGGAGGCAGGGAGGAACCGAAACCGAGUUAAAAAUUCAGAUUGAGCUAGCUGUCUUAUAAGUGGCUCCCAGAAGAUUCACACUGUUUACUCCUUUGGAAACAUAGCAGUUGUAGAGGUGGAGACAGGACUCGAACCAGAAUCAGGGUUCAGAUAUACCUGAAAAUCUGGACUCUAAAUUCUUAUGUAAGUCAGGGAGUGACUGACCAACAGCUGUGAGACACUGAGGACUUUAACUUUCACUGUAAACUUUGGCACAGAUCACUUAUUUUUCUGAAGACUGGAUCCAAAAGGCAUAAUGAAUGUGAGUACAUGCUAUGGUAGCAUGGUGAAUUCCAGACAAGCUCGAGAAUUUAGUACAGCUGAGGGAGGAGGCCCAACUCCUGAGCUGAUCUUGGAAGCAGAAUUGAUAGAACUCGGAGAAAGUGAUGAAGUGGUUGACCUUACCUCUGAAUCUCUAGAACCUGCAGUGAUUGACCUAACUCACCAUAACUCUGUUGUGACUACUGAGGAACGGAGGAGGCCAAGGAGAAACAAAAGGUCACUCCAAGGACAAACUGACAUCUAUGUGGUGAGCAGUGAAAAGAAGGGGUUGAUGAGAGACAGAGAUGUAUAUAUGGCCAACAGUGCUUACCCUAAUUCCCUGGAAAAGGAGACUUUAAGUUGCACACUACCUGGUUAUAUCCAGUGCCGAAGUUGUAUGGAUGGGUACUUGGAGAUUGAAUUGAGUAGACGACACAUCUACUCUACAGAAUGUGGACACAUCUUCUGUAGUUGGUGCCUCUGCACUUCCCUUAAAUAUACUAAAAAUUGCCCAGUUUGUUUGCAAAAAAUUGACUGCCAUCAGUACCACCGCAUUUAUAUAUGAUGUGUGCUGUGUUGCUCAGAACAGACAAACCCCUUGACUGGAUUUUUCCAUGUCCUUGUGCAUGAACUGUGGAGUUGUUAGCAUCCAAUGUUCUGAGCUCAAAAAGCCUGAUUGUAAAAAUUGCUCUUUGGAGUGUAUGAAAACUCUUUUAUUGCUCACAAUCAAAAAGACUGCUUUUUGAUUCCUUUGGUUUCAUGCUUCAGGCCUGAACUUUUGUUGUUAUAGUGAAUCAGACUAGUGGUGGUCUUCAAAGCAAUUUUCCCUUUUUUUUUCUCAUAGUAAUCAAUUUUUAAGUGGCCACAUGUGGGCAUUUUGGAUCAUGUAAAUAAGAGUAACAGCCUAGAGAUGGUAGGAAGUUGGGAGACUGACAACUCUGCAAACCAGAGCCACAAAAAGAAGUUUGGACUUUUACAUGAGAAAUAAACUUCAUGCUUGUUUAAGCAACUAUUAUACUGGGUCUUGUUUAGAACAAUGGAGCCUUUAUUUUAAUUAAUGGAGUAGCAGGAUGCUCUUUCUGGAUUUCUCAGGAUUUCCUGAUUCCACUGGAGUGGAAGGAAGUCAGUCCUUUCUGACUAUCUAUCCAACCAGCAGGCUGGAGUGGGGUAUUACCAAAGUGGGGUAGGCACCAUGUCCUUCUGGGGCUAGAGGCUUUCAAGGCCAGCCUGUGGAGUUGCCUAGGCACACUGGAAUCUAGAGUUGUGGUUCUGAACUCCCUGACCUGCCAUGCCAGGGAAGGACUGCCUUCACCCUGGCUUUAUAGGUGUGCCUGUCUUCUACCACACUGAUCAGCUGAUCAGUAAGUUGGCAUGCUUCUUUGAACAAACACAUCACUGUAUCACCAUCCCAGCUACUCCAGCAGCCUGGCUGGGUCAUAGGCCUUGGGAAAACCUCCUCCCCUCCCCACCUGAACACACACCUUAACUCUUUUUUCU